AUGAGAGUGUUUCGUAAAGUUGGAUGGGAGUAUACGAGCGAGAGUCCAUAUGCCAUGCCAUCAUGUACUUUUGAGCCGGCAUUUCAAUCAAUGCUGUACUGCAUCUAUGAAACAUUGGGCGAAAAGGGUUAUUCGAAUAAGACAUUUGAAAAUACAUUUAAUACCGUCAAGUCAAGAUGUGCAUACUAUACUAAAACACUCCAGAACAUGACGAAGGCUGAAUUUUACGAUUCGCUAAACAAUGGAACAAAAUAUAUGGUGCCUUAUGUGAAAGGUACUUCCAACCUUACGUACCCUGUUGAAAUGGACGCCCACACAAGAAAAGCAUAUUAUCGGGCAUGGCAUGGUUUCUAUGCUAACUUGGAUAUUGGCAACACAUAUGGUGGUAUAAUAUGUGCUUAUUUUGUGGUAACUAUGUUGUUUGCAGGCAUUCUUCAUUAUAUGAAUUACACUCCGUUCAAAGUUGUUUUAUUCAAGCAAAGAUUUGUAAGAUAUCUGAGGGGUUACUUUACACUACCUACUCUUGCGGGCAAGCAUGCGUCCGAUUUUUCCUAUCUCAAGGUAUUUACAGGUUAUCUACCCACGAGAUUUGAAGGCGUUAUCAUUAUUGGAUACCUUGUGCUUCAUACGGUUUUCUUAGCAUACGGAUAUGAAUAUGACCCUUAUAACAUAAUCUUCAAGUCUCAUAAGGUACAAGUUUCACGUUUUGUGGGGGAUAGGAGUGGUGUUCUCUCAUUUGCACACUUUCCCUUAAUAGUUCUUUUUGCAGGUAGAAACAACUUUCUCGAGUACAUCUCCGGUUUGAAAUACACAUCUUUUAUUAUGUUCCAUAAAUGGUUAGGAAGAAUAAUGUUUUUAGACGCAAUGAUCCAUGGUGCUGCCUACACCAAUUAUACAGUGGCUAAUAAUACCUGGAAAAGAAGCAAAGAGGCUACAUAUUGGCAAUUUGGAGUGGCUGCGCUUUGCUUAGCCGGUGUGAUGUUGUUUUUUUCAUUUGCAAUUUUUAGAAAGCAUUUUUAUGAAGCUUUCCUGUUUCUUCAUAUCGUUUUUGGUGCAUUAUUCUUUUAUACGUGUUGGGAACACGUCGUAGAACUAAGUGGUAUUGAAUGGAUAUAUGCUGCAAUUGCUAUCUGGGUCACUGAUAGACUUGUUCGAAUUGUUCGCAUGUCAUAUUUUGGCUUUCCCAAGGCAACUUUGCAACUGAUCGGUGACGAUCUCAUCCGGCUAACAGUCAAAAAACCAGCAAGGUUAUGGAAGGCGCAACCUGGACAGUACGUUUUUGUGUCAUUUUUACAUCCAUUUUAUUUCUGGCAGUCGCAUCCAUUUACUGUUUUAGAUUCAGUAAGUAAGGAAGGUGAGUUGGUUAUUAUAUUGAAAGAGAAAAAGGGCGUAACAAAGCUCGUAAAGAGGUAUAUUUCUCGGAAUGGGGGUUCAGCUUCAAUGAGACUAGCUAUAGAAGGACCGUACGGAUCUUCUUCACCAGUUCACCACUAUGACAAUGUGUUGCUACUAACGGGGGGAACCGGUCUGCCUGGACCAAUUGCUCAUGCCAUUAAGCUUGGGAAAACUUCAGCAGCAGCUGGGAAGCAAUCUGUUAAAUUGGUAAUUGCAGUUAGAGGUUUUGACGUUCUCGAAGCCUAUAAGCCAGAAAUAAUGUGUUUAAAAGACUUGAAUGUACAGGUCCACAUAUAUAAUACGAUGCGGAUUCCACCAGUAACAUCUAAUGAUAGCAUGACUAUCUCUCAAAAGGAUGAAAACGUUGAUGAAAAAGUUGAUGAGAAAGACGCUUUUAAGGAAACUAGUUUAGAUAAGUCGUCUAAUCCCUUUGAUUUUGAAAGUAUCGUGUUUCAUGAUGGAAGACCUGAUGUAAAAGAACUUCUGCAUGAGUCUUCGGAGUUGAAUGGCUCACUUGCAGUAGUUUGUUGUGGGCCUCCUGUGUUUGUUGACCAAGUAAGAGAUCAAACAGCAAAGACCAUUUUAGCAAAAUCAUCAAAGGCAAUUGAGUACUUUGAGGAAUAUCAAAAUUGGUGA